AUCAACACAUCACGGUAAUUAAGCCACAAAUUCCUUCUUUACCCAUCUUUCCGUCUUUCACCAUCACUCUCCCUUCCAAGCACCAUCGUCCUUUCCACACUCUACCCUUCCUACAAUCCUACUCAUUUUCAUUUCAAAAAGCAACACAUUUUAAUAAUUCAUCUUCAUCUUCAACCAUGGAAGGACCCGACUUCUACCCAGAUCGCACAACCCAACAAACCCCGACUUACUCAACCGCCGCAUACUCCACCACAAGCGUCCACGUCACCGCCCUCGACGGCCUCGUCAACGUCAACUCCCUCUUCACAAUCGCCGUUUUCGUCGGCCUUUCCCUCACUACUCCCGGCCAACGCAGCCUCGAGAAUCGCACCUCUUGCGACGCCGGCAUUGACGUCGCUAAAAAACUCCUCGUAUUCGAGGUCGUCUCGUUUAGCUUCUUCCUUUUCUCGUCAUUGGUUGCGCAAGGAUUAAAGCUUGCAAUCAACAUUUUAAACAGCAAGGAUGUUGAUGAAGUUUUUAGAGCCCACAUUAAUACCAAAGUAUUGAGGGUUGGAAUGUUGGGUUCUGCUAUUGGAAGUGUUAUGGGGUGUUUGUUUUUGAUGUUGUCAAUGAUUAAUGUCAUUGAAAUUAGGUUGGGUUUGUUGAGUUGUGGGAGUAAAUCUGCUACUCAUGUUGUUGCUGCUUUGGUUAUUCUUGUUACUUCUGCUCUUUUGGUUUAUAUUUCUACUGCUCUUUAUGCUUUCUUGCAUUGAUUUCAUGUAUUCGAAUUCUAUUCCUUGUAUAAAAAUUCCGUCAAUUUUCCAAGAAAUAUGCUCUAUUUUGUGGUAUUUUUUUGGUUGAA